AUGGCCUCCACGGUUACGCCGUUUGCUCACUUACAAAUCCCUCUAGAAGAGGUAGUAAAGGCCACCAACAACUUUGACGAUGAAUACAUCAUCGGAGAAGGUGGUUUCGGAAAGGUUUAUAGAGGACAACUCUUGGUGUCCGGGGCAGAGAUAGUGAAUAUUGCUGCUCGGAGACUAGAUCCUAAGCAUCACCGACAGGGAUCUGUUGAGUUCUGGACCGAGAUUACCGUGCUUUCUAGCCUCAAACAUGACAAUAUAGUAUCUAUGAUUGGGUUUUGUGACGAGAAUGGUGAGAAGAUCAUCAUAAACAAGGAUGAGGCCACCAAGGGAAGUCUCUCCAUGUAUCUUAGCGACCCAACAACCCUCACCUGGAUUCAAAGAUUGAAGAUAUGUGUGGGAGUUGCGCGUGCGUUGAGAUGCAUCCAUAACGGUGAAGGGGGGCGAAGUGAUAGUGUCAUACACCGUAACAUCAACAGCUCCACAGUGUUAUUAGAUGCUAAAUUUGAAGCCAAGCUAUCUGGUUUUGAAUUAUCUAUCAAACAACCUGUGAAUCGAAAGGAUCAGGUUGUCAUCUCAGAAGCUAUUGGCACAAAAGGGUAUAUGGACCCGUCGAUUAAAAAAAAGGGAGGUGUAAGUCACAAGUCGGAUAUCUACUCGUUUGGAGUGGUUUUAUGUGAAAUAUUAUGCGGGAGGAAAGCUUUUAUUCCAGAUCAUGUGGAUGAUAGUUUUUUGGCUCCAUUGUUCAUAUCUCACUUUGAAAAUGGAUCACUGAAUGAUGUAAUCCAUCCGGAUUUGCGGCCUCAAAUGAGCCGGCAAUCACUCACCUGGUUCUCCAGAGAAGCAUAUUCUUGUCUAAACAAGGACAGGGCACAACGUCCAAAAAUGGACGACAUUGUCGUUGCAAUUGAGAAAGCACUAGAACUUGAAAACUUGAUUCAAAAAUUGGAGCACUUGAAGAUUCCCCUUAGUGAUAUAACACUGGCCAGUGAUAACUUUUCCGAGGAAUACUGUAUAAGGGGCACCAAUUACUAUGACUUGUACAUAGCAGAUAUCGAGUAUGUUGAUACCAAAAAUCCUUCCAUUAAAAAACAAAGUGAUUCACAUGGGUCACACAACAAAGUAGUUAUAAAACGCUAUCUCCCAGCAGAAAAAGCCUUAGGACAAGACAUACAAAAAGUCGUAGCAGAAGACGUAUUCUUUACCGAAUUGAAUAUGUUUAAUAUUUGCAAGCAUCCAAGCAUAGUCAAAUUACUUGGAUUUUGUGUUGAAGGUUCUGAAAUGAUCCUUGUUGUUGAGCACCUUUCUAGUGGAUACCUAGCAACGUGGUUGCGGUGUGCGUCCAAAGACGUUAACAGGCAUAUUUUUACUUGGGAAAAACGUUUGAAAAUCUGCAUCGAUGUGGCAAAUGCAUUGAAUUACCUUCAUACCGAGAUGGAGGAUCAAAAGAGGGUAAUAUGCCGUAACAUUAGCAGCUACAUGAUUGCAUUGGACGAGAAUUGGGGGGCAAAAAUUACCGACUUAUCGUUCUCGGUAUUCCUGCCUCCAAAUCAAUAUCACGACACUCUCUAUCACCGUUUUGCUUUCGGCAAUAUUCCACAGUAUAUAGAUCCAGAAUAUAAGGGUAUUGGUAAGCUGAAAAGAGAAUCGGAUGUUUACAGUUUUGGAGUAGUUAUGUGCGAAGUUUUAUGUGGGAGGUUAGCCGAUGACCCCAUAUACUUAAAGGAGAAUGACAAUGGGUUGGCGUAUGUGGCACGACGAAAUUUUCAAGAUGCAACACUACUAAAGGAAAUGAUAGAUCCAAAUUUAAAGGAAGAAAGUGGUGAAAACUUGUUUAGAAGGCUAAACAAAAAUUCUUUGGAGAAAUUCAUAAAAACUGCAUACAAUUGUUUAGCAGAAAGUCAAGACCAACGGCCAACAAUGAAAGUGGUCAUCCGGGAGCUUCAAGAUGCCUUAUCCUAUCAGAUAAAGAAAUUGGAACACUUGAAGAUUCCCCUAGGAGAUAUAAUGUUGGCCACCGAUAACUUUUCCAUGGCAUACAUGAUACUGAAUGCCCCGAACCAAUCAUAUUCAUACUACAAAGCAGAACUCAAGCAUUUUGUUACAGAAAAUUCUUCAAUCAUGGAAGGAAAGAAUAAAAGUGAUAUGUGUUGGACAUGCAACACAGUAGUUAUAAAACGCUACCUCCCAGGAAAAUACGAUAAUAUAAAAAAGAUGUUCUUUACGGAAAUUCAAAUGCUCGACACUUGCAAGCAUCCAAGCAUAGCUAAACUACUUGGAUUUUGUGUUGAAGGUUCUGAGAUGAUCCUUAUCGUUGAGCAUCUUUCUAAGGAAUACCUAUCCGAGUUUUGGCACCCUAGAGCCAAAGAGACGAGGCAUUAUCUUACUUGGGCGAGACGUUUGAAAAUCUGCCUGGAUGUUGCAAAUGCAUUGAAUUACCUUCAUACUGAGAUGGAGGACCAAAAGACAAUAAUACACCUUGAUAUUAGGAGCCGCAACAUUGCAGUGGACGAGAAUUGGGGGGCAAAAAUUAUUGACUUUCGCUACUCUGUAUUCCUGCCUCCUAAUCAAUACAAUGAAGCUCUCUAUGACCCUCCUUUUUCAACUACUUAUGAAUACCAGGAUCCAGAAUAUAGAAAGACUGGUAAGGUGAAACGAGAAUCAGAUGUAUAUGGUUUUGGAGUAAUUCUGUUUGAAGUUCUAUGUGGGAGGUCAGCCUAUGACCCGAUAUAUAAAAAACAGACUGAAAAAGGGCUGGCGUAUGUGGCAAGACGAUGCAUCCGAGAGGGAACGCUAACGGAAAUGAUAGAUCCUCUAUUAAAGGAACAAAGGGGCGAAAACGGCUUUAUUCUAAACAUUGGACCAAACAAAGAUUCAUUGGAGAAAUUUGUUAAAAUUGCACACGCGUGCAUAGCAAAAACUCAAAACCAACGUCCAACAAUGAGAGCAGUCAUCCAAGAGCUUAAAGAUGCCUUAUUCUUUCAGGAAAACAAGGAUAACUUCAUAAUGUCAUUCCACGACAUUGAACUGGCCACAGAAAACUUUCAUAAUGACAAUUGCAUUGGUAAAGGAGGAUUUGGGAACGUUUAUAGAGGAAAAGUACCACAAGGUGAUGGGUUCAAUACCAUUGUUGCAAAGCGAUUGGAUACAAGGCUUGGUCAAGGUGAACAACAAUUUAGGGCUGAGCUCCAAAUUUUGUUUGAGUAUAAACAUAAGAAUAUCAUCCCUCUUGUGGGAUAUUGUGACGAAAAAGAUGCGAAAAUUAUUGUUUACGAGUACGCGUCUCGAGGAAGUCUUGAUAGGUAUCUGAAGGAUGCUCAUCUUACAUGGAUGAAACGACUUAAUAUAUGUAUUCAUGUUGCAACGGCGCUGGCUUUCCUUCAUGGAGGAGCCGGAAAACAAGCAAUAGUGAUACAUAGGGACAUCAAAACUCCAAACAUUCUAUUAAAUGAUGAGUGGGAUGCAAAACUUGCUGAUUUUGGGCUUUCGUUGAUAAGUCCAAUUAAUCAGGAAACAGACUAUGUCAUUGAUCAUGCGUGUGGCACACGAGGCUACCUGGACCCCCUUUACUUAAAAUCAGGUUUCUUAACCAAAGAAUCUGAUAUUUAUUCAUUUGGGGUGGUUUCAUCAAAGAGAGCUUUGAAAAAGGAAAACAUGAUGACGUGGUAUUUGAGGCUCUAA